AUGAACCGCAAAUACGACACCUACGUCCCCUCAGCCCUUCCCUCCGCCUCAUUAGGUCGCCGACGCCCACCAAUUGGCGAGCGUACGUUCGAACACGAGGACGGGGACGACUUAGACAAGGCGUACAAUGACUGGAACAUUCGUAUCGACAAGGAGAUCAAGGCUGUCGUAGAGGGGUUGGGUGACCUCGCCCGCCUCGCUGAUAUCGGCACACCCCCAGGAGCACAUACCCUCACGGCCAUGCAUCUCAAGCUCAAGACUGCGUCGCUGAUCCGCGCGUCCCAACAACUGCGAGACACGGCACAUGAACUAAGCCUUGCGCUCGCGCUUGGUGACGAUGUUGGGGCGGCAGUGCGGAGGGACGAGGAAGUCGGCGCGCUGCGUGCGGAAGUUGAGCGGCUGCGUGAGGAGAUUGCGAACGAGGUCGGCGAACGCGCAGACAAGGGAGGGCUCGGGGAAGGUGAGAGCGCGGCUCCUGCUCUAGGAGAACAAAGCAAGAAGGAAGACAGCGCCGCGAUGGUCGUCGACGACGACGACAACGACGAGUUCGAGGAGGUCUAG